UUGAAGGCGUUUUUAAUUACGAGUACGCAUUGAUGAUCAUGUUGAAUCACUAUUACGCAUUCAACGAAUCUUCACUGAUUUACAUGACAACAAAUACCUCUGCAACCAUAGAAAUCUCGACCUCAAACAAUCUAGAACCCUCUCUGAAGUCAGCCAUUGAUCGAACCUUGUUCUUUGCCUCGCAACUGAAAGUUGCCCUGCCACCUGAAAUGCAAAGCGUCUCCUUCCAGAAAGAGUCAAAAGCCGUGAAAAUUCGCUCAACUAAACCCCUUGCUGUUGUUCUCUUUGACAACAAUUAUUCACAAUCCAACGACGGUACUCUGAUUUCUCCAGUAGAAAAACUCAGCACUCGGUAUUUGGUAGUUUCUUCUGAACCUCGUUUUGCCAAACAUCCGGUUUACGCCAGUUUGUUUGGAGUAGCUGCAUUGGAGGACGACACAUUAGUGACGAUAAACUUUAAAUUGGGCAAUAAUUCAAUGCCUCUAACUAUCAACGGGCAAAACUACAGCGAUUCAGACACCUUCGAAAUCUCCCUGGAGAAUUUGGAGACUCUACAAAUGGAGCACAGCGCUGAUCUCUCGGGGACCUUGGUCGAGUCUUCUAAACCUGUAGCAGUGUUUUCUGGAAACAGAUGCAACAUGUAUACAGAAUCGAUCAGAUGUAGUCAUUUUCUUGAACAAAUGACUCCGACAACAAACUGGGGAGAUUUACAUAUUGUUCCUCCUGACUUUAAUAGUGAUGGAACACUCGUGAGCUUAAUGACCGACCAGCCAUCGGCUGAACCUACGGUCGUUAGCGUAGGUCGUUGGAGUACGCAAUUAAUACAAGUUCUUCCCAGAGUACCGUUUGUAUUUCCUUUAAGAGCAAAUGAAUCAGCCCACAUCACCGGCCGUGUGUUCGUUACCAGCUUUGUGAAAGGAAGUAAGAACAAUCCAAAUUCCAGUUCUCCAUAUAUGGUUACAAUUCCAGAUAUCAUUCAGUCAAAGAGUCAGUAUAUAAUCCCAAUUCCUGAAGGUUACUUAACCAACUACGUCACGAUUAUGAUCAUAAGAGAAAACAUAAAAGCUGAUCUUCUUCUGAAUGGGCAAGCUAUAGACGAAGGAAAGAUUCGGUUUGAAAGUGUGUUGCCGAUAAAUUUCUUCAUGAGCUACACCAUACUGACCUUGGAAGUCUCUCCUGGUAUACUGAACAUAACGAGCACUUCAGGAUCAAGGUUCGGACUGGUUGUCUUUGGCUAUCGGUAUCUCGAUUCCUACGGGUUUGCAGGCAACGUUCCUUCGCGUUACAAUUGUUCCAGCAAUAGUUUUUAUAGUUGUGAAUAA